AUGUUCAUUGUCGAAGAAACAAUCCAACACCAAAGACAGCAUAUUUACCAUCGUAAAGACACUUAUCAGGCCAACACUGAACUUCACCGACAAAUCUACGUGACGAUUUGUAAUGAUGUCCUUUCCGACCUUUUCUCUAUUUAUCGACUAAGGGUGUCCAUCAGGUCGAUUGGAGAAGCCCAAAUUCUAGAAAUCACGGAAAACUCGCUACCAGAAAACUGGAUCUCCCAAGAAAAUAAUGACGAGACCAAACCUUACACUCCAAUAACUCCGGCUCCGACUACUCUUACAACUUCAACCUCGACAGAAGAUUCUUUGAGAAACCCCUCUGCCUGGAGACCAUCACCUUUGGUGGUCACUUCUUGCAGAUACACAUCGUGCAAUGGACAGAAUGAAGUCUGUGGGAAAGUGGAGGAAAAUGGUUUUUACGUCUUCAAAUGCAUUUGUAAAGAUGACUUCAGAAGGGAUGAUAAGGAAAAGGGCUUAAUUUUUAUUAAUUGA